GCAGCACUUUUGGCAGGUUCUGUGGCGUAGUAACGUCACACGCAGCAGUGUCUGCAAACAGACUGAGUCAAAAUGCCCGUAGAUUUGAGCCAGUGGACCAAGUCUCUUGCCCUGCAGGAGGUCGAGGAAAAGCCUGCACAGCCUCUAACUAUUAAAUACGGCUCUGUGGAAAUUGACGAGCUGGGCAAAACCCUCACGCCAACACAGGUGCAGAAUCGACCCACUUCCAUCGAGUGGGAAGGAUGUGACUCCAGUAAACUGUACACGCUGGCCAUGACCGAUCCCGACGCUCCCAGCAGGAAAAACCCUAAAUACAGGGAAUGGCACCACUUUCUGGUGGUCAACAUGAAAGGAAAUGAUGUGUCCUCUGGGUGGGUCUUGUCAGACUACGUGGGCUCUGGUCCACCCCAGGGCACAGGUCUCCACAGGUAUGUGUGGCUGGUGUACGAGCAACCAGGUAGUCUGUCUUGCUCCGAGCCCAUCCUCACCAAUUACUGCGGAGACGGCCGUGGAAAAUUCAAGAUCCAGAGCUUCAGGAAGAAAUACAACCUGGGAGCUCCGUUGGCGGGAACCUGCUACCAGGCCGAGUGGGACAACUACGUCCCCAAACUGUAUGAGCAGCUGUCUGGAAAAUAAAUAGAGACCCGACUCUAGAGCAUCCAGUGCUAGGAAUUUCUAUGGAGGCUGCUGACCUAUAGGAAAUUCCCAGCAUUUGUGUGAGUGUGCCACUGAAUACUGUUUUCUUUUCUUUUCUUGCAACUGUUGCCUACCUAUGCUUUGACAGAAGUAACAGCUCCUCUCAGUGGCAUCACCUGUAAUUCAUCUACAAUAAAUCUGAUAAAACAGUGAAA